CUUUUGACUGGUGUUGAAUACAUUGUUGGAAGGAAAAACUGUGGCAUUCUGAUUGACAACGAUCAGUCCAUUAGUCGAAAUCAUGCCGUCUUAACUACUAACUUUCCUGGAACCAAAUUGAGUCAGACAAAUGAAAUCCCUGUAUUGACAAUAAAAGAUAAUUCUAAGUAUGGGACCUUUGUUAAUGAAGAGAAAAUGCAGAAUUGUGUUUCUAAAACUUUGAAGACAGGGGACAGAGUUACCUUUGGUGUUUUUGACAGUAAAUUCAGGGUGGAGUAUGAACCAUUGGUUGCCUGCUCUUCUUGUUUAGAUGCCACUGGGAAAAUGGCUUUAAAUGAAGCAAUUUUUCAACUUGGAGGACUUUGUGUGAACAGUUGGACAGAAGAAUGUACUCAUCUUGUCAUGAUAUCAGUUAAAGUGACCAUUAAAACAAUAUGUGCACUCAUUUGUGGACGUCCAAUUGUAAAACCAGACUACUUUACUGAAUAUCUCAAAGCAGUUCAGUCCAAAAAACCACCUCCACAAAUGGAAAGUUUUUACCCACCCAUUGAUGAACCAACUAUCGGAAAUAAAAAUAUUGAUCUCUCAGGGCGACUGGAAAGGAAGCACAUCUUCAAAGGGAAGACAUUUGUAUUUCUAAACGCCAAACAGCAUAAAAAAUUAAGUCCAGCAAUUGAUUUUGGAGGUGGGGAAACCAGAUUGAUAACAGAAGAAAAUGAAGAAGAGGCUAGUUUCUUUUCAGCUCCUGGAACCUGUGUUGUUGAAGUAGGAAUAACAAAUUCACAGACUUUCAUUUCUGACUCUCAGAAAAACUUGAUUCCUUCAGUUAUGGAUAUUCUCAAGAGGCAGGGUCUUAGACCCAUUCCUGAAUCAGAAAUUGGACUGGCAGUUAUUUUCAUGACUACAGAGAAUUACUGUGAUCCUCAGGGCCAGCCUGCUAUAGGAUUAAAGCCAACCACUCCAGGUCCAAGCCUUUCCCAAGGCUCAUCAUUCAGUGAAAGACUAAUGCCAACUGUCCCAGUGAACGCCACAACAUAUGUAGCUGGCACAGAAUCGGAGCCAGCUGACACAUGGGAUUUUAGCGAAAGGCCAAAUGAAAUCAGAAUCUCCAGGACAGAGCAAAAAUUUGGAAUGCUUUCACAAGAAAUGUCCACUGUAAAGGACCCCGCCAAACCCAGCUAUUACAAGAAUAAAGUCUCAAAUACCCUGAGUAAGAUGAAAACCCCACACUGUCAGCUUUCACCAACUAAAUCCCCAGGUGUGAGUAAAAGUAGAGACCGGGCUUCUCAGCAGCAGCAGACCAACUCAAUCAAAAACUACUUUCAGCCUACAACCAAAAAAAGGGAAAGAGAUGAAGAAAAUCAAGAAACACCUUCAUCCAAAUCAGCAAGAAUGGAAAUGUCUUGUUCUCUUUUGGAGCAAACACAACCAACUACACUCUCAACAUGGAAAAAUAAGGAACAGCAUCUGUCUCAGAGCGAACCUGUGGACAAAACAUCAGAGAAUUUAUUUACAGAUUUAAAAUCUAGUAUGAAAAACACCAAUCAGUCUCUUCCUGCAGAAAAACUAAUAUCAAAAAAAAGAAAACAGACUGAUGAUUUAGAACUAGAAGAUAAAGUAUUAGAAGAGUUACUCAGGAACACAGAACCAGAGCUGGAAAUUGAAUUGAGUGUUAAAAAACAAGAGAAAGACAUCAAUGUCAGGAAAAAACCAAGGCUGAUUAAAGAAUCAGAUGGUGGUUUUAAUGAUGACACACUUCCAGACAAUAACAAAAUACCUCCAGAGAGUGAAAUCAAGAAGAAAUGUAACAUCAAAGAAGAAUCAGUAUGGUCAGCUAAAGAAAAGCUGUCUAACAAUGACGAGCUUCAGGACGAUGGGGAGAUGCUUCCAAGGAAUGUGAUAGUGACUGAGUUCAGGUCCUUGGUGGUUACAAACUCUACCUCCAGAAACCCAUCCAGUGUACAUGGAGAUUAUGGUCAGCUAAAAAAUUUUAAGAAAUUCAAAAAGGUCACAUUUCCUGGAGCAGGGAAACUUCCACAUAUCAUUGGAGGAUCAGAUCUAAUAGCUCAUCAUGGGCGAAAAAAUGCAGAAUUAGAAGAGUGGUUAAGGCAGGAAAUGGAGGUGCAAAAUCAACAUGCAAAAGAAGAGUCUCUUGCCGAUGAUCUAUUUAGAUAUAAUCCUAAUGUAAAAAGGAGAAGAUAA